ACGAGGAUGGCCUCCAUGGCUCAGGAAAGGAGGAGGGGAGCGGUGGGCGAAGGCGAAGAGGCCAGAGGAUGCAGAGCGACAGGAUCAGCCAUGAAGGCAGCAAUGGUGGCAGCGACUCUCCUUGCCCUCACUGCCAGAACCUCGGCGCUCGUGAUCUCCAGCGACUCUGCUUCCCUCAAGGGCCUGAACUGCGCGUUCACCGCUCCGGCCCUCUCCAGUGGCCUGCAUGGUGCUGUUCAGAGGAAGGCUGUAUGCCUCAGGCAGAAGAGCACCAGAGAUGAUGGCGCUACGGAAGAAGAAGUGCAGAGAGCGAUGGAGUACUACAAGGAGCUGAUGAGAACGAGGAACAACGGGAAGGGAUACUGGAUGGACGACUUCUUCCCGUUCGCGAACAUGUUGAGGAACAUCCAGGAGGGUUUGAAGAGGAACUUCGAGCAGAAGUCUGGGGAAGAGUUGUUGCAGGAAGCAGCUAAGGAAGGUCUGAUCGAUCUUAGGUCGUCUCCCUUCACUCCCAUCUCCGACCUGCCAGACACCCCAAUGCCCAAGGCAGAGGCUGUGCAGAAAGAGCCUGAGGUGAAGACAGAAGUAGCCAAGGCCGCGCCAGAGGAAGACGAUGAGGAUUUGUUGGAAUUGAAGAAGAAAAUGGAGGCGGCGAAGAAGAAGAAGAAGCAGGGAAAGUAGAUGUUUUUGGUGUAGGGGUUCUGGUCGUCUUGAUGUACUUAAAACAAAACUUCAGAUUUUCU